AACGUAAUGACUGUAGUCGCUGUAAACGAAGUGGAGCUAGUGAAGCCUAUUCUGUUCAUUGAGCUCGAAGCAGGUAUUUUAUGGAAUCAUUAACGCAUUUGAUCCAUAAAAAGAACAAUGACCGACAACUCUCCAUUCAUAAUUGAACACUUUAACAUUUUGAGGAGUUAAACCAAAAAAUUCAAACCUUUAAAAAACUUCUCCAUUAUGUUGUCUUCGUUUAUAAACUCAAAGAGUUAGAUUUUAGUUUCUUUAGUGUUUUUUUAAUGCAUAUUUUGUGUUAGUGUUGUGUCGCCCAAGAGAGAUGAUUUGGUUGUUGUGUCUCGGCGUGUGGAGCUUCUCUCUGUUCGAUGUUGGUUUGUCUUUACCGGCUGGUAAGAACAUCUCAUUAACCAAAUUAUUUUCAAUCAAACUCGCUGAUCUCCACGACAUUCAAAAAAAUGUCAAACGAAACUACGAAGGCCUGGGGAUAGAUGCCCGACAGGACUCAUCUUCUCUCGGCCAAAAUGUAACGUUGUUCAGAUUGCAUAGGCCUGGGUUCCAGCACGUUGAUCGGAGUGUUGCUUUGGAGUCCAACUUACAUCCGGGACUUUAUUUAAGGUAUAAGAACUACAAGUUCCGUAUGGAAAAAGCCAAGCCAACUGGUUUAUUCGAAAAAGAUGCGACAUUUCUUGAGCGGAACCCAUUCGGUCCCAAUAGUAUUGCACUGGAACUAUUUACCCACCCAGGAUGGUUCAUGUGCCACGACACGACCAAGCCAUUCGCACUCAAAGCUGUUUCAAAAGUAGUGCGCAGUAAAGAAUUCGACCAGAAAUGUGUGUUUCGACAAAACGUUCUAAAAGUUUACGGUCCGAAGCCGAACGGAGAGAGUAAUCAAGACAAAGAACAAGAAGAAGCAAAAGCAGCAGAAAUCUUAGAUAGUUUAGUUUCUAAGGAAAGUAUUGGAGAGAUUUUGGCGGUAAAGUCUACAAACAAACCAGCAGUAGUCCAGGGGCAAGUUGGCGCGCAGACGAACAGGCAACCGGCUAAGAUAAAUCUUCCACAAGGUUCAAAAAAUAUAGGUCCAGCGUUGUCCCAGGCGAAUAAGGGUCUUAGGAACUCUCAAAUCAACUCUCUUAAUCAAGGCGUUUCAGCUAUAAAGGGGUUUUACCAGCCUAACCAACCAGUGAAUAGUUAUAAUAAUGCGGUUGCAAGGAUGAAAUACAUAAACAGCUUAAGAAGAAAAGGUUUCUCCACUAAACCAUUCUCACAAGGAUCGCAGAAUGUCUAUACGGGAUAUAGACCCCGGAUAGCGGGGAAACCGUUACAGGGUAGUAGGUACGGGUUAUCGUAUACUAACACUCCACAUCGGUUAGCCCAGUAUACACGUACACCWAGUAACUAUGGAAACACAUGGCCAAGAACGCGACCUCCUGUCUAUAAAGGAAUAGAUUUACAAGGCGGGCCUGGCUCCAUGCGACCGGGAAAAGUUUUGCAUAUGGCGCAAAAACCUCCGGCACCCGUCGUACAGACAUCGUAUAGUAGAUUUCAAAAUCCUUUGAAAAAUCAAGUGAAUCGGUUACCUAAAGCGUCAUCUACCUACAAUUUCAUUAACGCCAAUAAACCACAACAAUACAAUGCCAGGCCACAAACUGGGCCAAUCAGUGUGGCAUUACCCAAGGCUCGACCAAUCAGCAGCGCCAAUAAAAUGACGCCACCCGAAAUUAAGCCAAUCGUUUGGGGUGAACCGAUGUCGUCACAGACGUCUAAGCCAAUCACUAAAUCUGGUUCAGCUGUACUCAGUGGGUCAGGAUCAGGGGAGAUCCCAGUGGCCAAACACCGGGAACCAAAGCCCAUUGAUCCCAAGCGAGCUGUGUACGGCAUGGGAGACAAAUGCAUCAGCAUAAGAUUCUUUAAUAAGAUUCAAAAACCAGUCAAGAUCGUGUCCAGCAUGAAAAGAGAAGGCUACCUCGUGACAGCAGAGACUUUCAAACUCAAGACGAUUUUCAAACACGCGCGAAAAGAUCGAAAGGUUCAUUUCUAUGCGCAAGACUUGAAUGAUAAAGAAGAUGUGUUGCUCAAUAACAAUAACGUAGUAACAGUUAUUCCUGGACCAUGUGAUUUGCCGUAUAGAAGCAUAUACCUCUCGAGAAAUGGACAGUACAGCAAUAAAGAUGUCGAAGGCUUUUUGAAGUCAGAGGAAGAAAAAGAGUCUGGACUCGCUCAAGGCAAAAGCGGAGCCGUACUUCGCCCCAAUCCACAGGAUGGGUUUAGUCAGUGGUCAGAUUUCGGGCCAUGUAGUACUACUUGUGGGACUGGGCUACAGACGAGAAAUCGCGUUUGUAUGCCUGGUAGAGCAUGCCUGGGCACUACUAGGGAAUCUAGAGCAUGUAUUCAUGCUCCAUGUUCGGAGCCGUUCUGUGUACAAACGUACGGUGGUAAUGUUGGUUCUGGUAAGUGCUGUGCUCUACCAUUCAUCUUCCAAGACACUGUGUAUGAUAAAUGCAUAACACAUGCGAAUACUGGAGGGAUGUGGUGUUCCACCACGCCUAACUAUGAUCAAGACAAGUCCUGGGGGUUCUGCAAGCUUACAGAGAGACGAAGCAACUUGUUCUACAGACCUCAUGGGUACCCUGCAUUCUCCCCAGUCCCUCGAAGUGCGUCACUGAGCAAGAUACCCACCACAUGUCCCAAGUCUUGCUACAAUAGAUGUGUUCCCGGAUGUCAUGUUACGUGUUGCAGUGCGCAUGCUCUUGCUUUUCCGGCUGUAUUUACUGACAGGACGACAGAACAACAACGACUUUUAAGGGAGCAACAGUCAAGACGUACUUACGUUUUAUACUAGCUAAACUGACUGACCGAAUGACUGACUGACUGAAGUAUUAAAGUAUUUAUAUACACUUAUUUCAAUAAAGUUAG